GAUUUUAUAGGAAGAGUAGCUGUCCCAACCCCAUGAGGAGCUACCAUACCAUCGUGGGACCCUACUGGCUACUCCUCAACGUCAUCUUCCUCUUAUUCACUUGCCUUCCAUAACCACAGUAGAUCUCUUCUUCCUUUGCAUUUAACUCAUCUCUUUAGCUACAACUUCCUCCACAAAACCCUGAAGCCAUUCAACUGUUAAUCUCUCUGCCUCCACCAUUACAAAACCAGUUGAAGCUUCUUGUUUUCCCCAAAUUGUCUCAUCUUGAGGAAGAAGAAGACAAAGUAUUGAUCUUUUCAAGAAACCAUCAAAUGGACGAUGAUGGCUCUGCUCAUAGCUCACUGUUCGGAGACCUGUCCACCGAAGAGGUCACAAGCAAGAUCAUUCUCACAUCAAUCAUUGUUCUCUUCAUGGCGGUUCUUGUCGUUCUCGUCCUCCACCUCUACGCCAAACUCUACUGGUGGCGAGUUGACCAGCUCCAACAGCAAGAACAAGAACAAGAACAAGAUGAACCUUCAUCCAUAGCUCCACCUGUCACCACUCGCCUCCAACGACGCCGUUUCAUCUUCGUCCCAGGGCAAGACGCUCUGUCCAACACUGGUGGUCUUACCCCUUUUGAGCUCAGUUCAUUACCAAUUGUCUUUUUCAGACAAGAUGGUUUUGAAUGUGCUAUUUGCUUGUCUGAUCUUGUCAAAGGAGACAAAGCUAGACUACUUCCAAAGUGUAACCACACCUUCCACGUUGAGUGUAUUGACAUGUGGUUUCACUCUCACUCAACUUGUCCCAUUUGCAGAAACACUGUUCUUGGUCCUGAGCAACCUAGCUCAAAGCUAACCGAACUAGUUUCUGACAAUGCAGUAGAUUCUUCUCCGGAGUUCCCCACCAAUGUCUUGGUAUGGGGUCGUCAGGAUCAGGUUAGUACUAGAACCACCAAUGUUGGGUGGUCUCAAGAAGAUGGUACUACUGGUAAUGCUGCUUCACAGAGUCAAGAUGCUGUUGUUCUUGAUAUCAAUGAUUCUAUAGCUAGAAUUCAAGAUGCACCGUCUUCAUCAUCAUCAAUGAGGUUUAUGGUUGAAGAGGAAGAACCAAAAUCUCCAAUAACAACGAGGUUGAGGUCUUUAAGGAGGUUUCUGAGCAGAGACAAGAGAGUCUCUUGCAGCAAUAGUGGCACUAGUGGUAGUAGUAGCUCCAAUGCUGCUGCGUCUUCUUCUGUUGAUCCUUGAAGAUUGUGAUUACAUUAGCUGAGUAAAAAGAAUGGUAUAUAUAUAUAUGUCAAACUGUCUAGUGGUAUUGGCUUUGCUUUGUGUUUAAGAGCUUUCUUUGUUAUCCAAGUAAUGUCAUUAAUCUACUUCAAUGGAAUUUCAGAUUUUAAACU